CUGCAACCUGAUAUAGUAUAUCUAUUACAUAGAUAGAUUUAAUUGCUAGUCAACUAUUUAGUUUAUCACGGAUUUAAUGCUACGGAAGUGAGCACUCUUUUAAUCCGCUUAGGAAUCGGAUGUAAAAUCAUCUUCGAUUCUGCCAACGAUUUUGAAGAUAAGAUAAGCUGAUAACGGAUUCUACUUAUCUAUUUGAUGGUGGAGUUAAUUGAAGUUAAAAUCAGGAAACAUCAAGGGAUGUUCCAUAAUAAAAAGUUUCGAAGACUUUUCAGAAGAUGUUCUGCCAUGACAAAAAUCGCUUCUCUAAUGAUGGUUUUCAUCUUUAUUUCCGGACUUUUCAACGCUGAAUACGAGGAAUAUAAUCAAGCAAUAAAAUCAGAAGAAACACAAAGUGAAGUGUUGCUUGCCCGUCGUCAACGAAUGCAUGAAAUUUCUGACGCCAGAAAAGAAGAUAAUGACGUCAUCACCUCGGGGUAUGACGUCACAAGAAUGACAAAUAUCACUCCAUUGAACAAACCUCUCAAAGAAGAAGGAAAAAUCUUUACUUUGCUAACGUCAAACGAAAAUCCAAAAAAAUCGAAAUCUGAGAAAAACGGCGGGAAAGGUAAACCUGCCCCGCCCAUAAAAGUAAAGGCGGUCGCGAACGAACCGAUAUUUUUGAAUAUGGAUUAUGAUAAGAUGAAAACGGACGAAUUUACUGAACAUGAGAAUAAAUUACACGCGAAAUGGCGAAGACGAAUGGAAGAAAAGGAAUUCGCUGAGGUUCCUCCUAAUCCAUCAUUCAUCUUCCACAACAAGUUGCCGAAAAGCGGAAGUUCAACAAUGAAUAACAUCCUGAAGAAAUUAAGCAAAGCAAAUCAUUUCAACUUUUUGAAAAUGGAGACAUCGGAUCUACAAACAUCUGAUGACAGAUAUCUAAUACAACAACUGAAAACUAAAGUUAAACCGCCGUUCGUGCUGCUGAAGCAUCAUAAAUGGCUGAAUUUUACGAGAUCUAAUCAACCUCAGCCUACAUAUAUCAACGUAAUGAGGGAUCCAUUGGAAUGGUUUACUUCACGCUAUUAUUUCUCGAGGUAUGGCUGGGAGAGGAAGCCUGGAUGCAGGAAGGCUGACUGUGGAAUGAGCGAAGCUGAUAGACUUAUGGACAUAGAUGAAUGCGUUAAGAAACGACACAGGGAGUGCAUGAAUCCCUGGAUGUAUUUGCAAUUCUUCUGUGGGACAGCGCCUGAGUGUUCAAACACUACAACACUAGAGCAGAAGGAGAGAGCAACAGAGAUCGCGAAAUCGAAUAUUCUUAACGAAUAUUACGUCGUUGGAGUCCUGGAACAGUUCGAAGAUACGUUGAAAUUAUUUCAAACCAUGAUGCCAGAUUUUUUCAUUGAUGUUAUACCAACAUGGAAAUCGGAGUUUGUCCAGAUCAAACAGAACAUGACCCGAACGACGUACAAAAAAGAAAUGAGUCUCGAAUCCAAGAAUUUCUUCCGAUUCGGACCCCUGCAUUAUGAGAUAGAACUUUACAAUUUCGCAAGAGAAUUAUUCAACGAAAAAUUAGAAUAUUUCCAUAUCGAAUCUACUGUGAUGACGUGAUCGAAAUGAUGACGUCAUAGAAAAAGAACCUACGAAAAAGAAGCACUCCAUGUAUGCUGAAAGGACGUCAGGUAUGACGUCAAGCGACAACGUGGACUUAAAAAACGGCAAGCCCAAAGCAAAAAUCUUAGCUAUUACAUGAUUGUGUUGUUUUCUACCAUGACUUGAACUCCGAAAAAAGCUAUUUAAAUGCUUUAGCUUUCAUCCCACUAUAAUACAACUGUGAUGUCAUGAAAUUUGAAAAACACAUACAAAGACUGUUUUCAAAACGUUUUAUUCGGCCUUGAUAUCCGCUGUAUAAAAAGAGCAAUUUGAGCAAUGAAAUGCUUUUAUUCCGCAAGUAUGAGAACAAAAAAUAAUGUCUUGCUUGUGCACAUUCACUGCGAACGAGGCGCUGUUCCAGUAGCCACCGAUACAUUCAAGCAUUUACUAGACCGGUAUUACACUAUGGGCGAAGUGAUGGUAUUUAAAAAAAAAAAAUUUUGUAUUAUACGUAGCAAUUUUUCAUAGCUUGAAAGAGUUGAAACGCCUGUCCACGCAUCUGUGUUGGCCAAGCCUUCCCUAAACAGAUUGCACUCUGUUUUGGUCGAGUGUUUUUCUCCAAUGAACUCAAGUCGACUGGUUUUUCAUUUCAAUCCACAGUACUUUCUUUAAGACAUUCUAGGCCGCUUCUGGUUAUUAAACCUAGCCAUUUCGAAUGUUCAAUAAUUGACCUUGUGAUACGUGUUUCGAGAGUAGCAGAGUUUUAUAUAUACACCCGUAGUAAUACCCCAGAAACAGAGACCGUUAGCAAGGACACCUAUUUCGAGGGAUCGUAUUUACCACAAUGCUUUACGGCCCUAUGAUCCGGGACAGAGUAAUGGUUAUAUAGAUAUGUUUGAGGGAAACACGAAAUAUGAAUGGGCGCAAAAUUCUUAUAUACGGUCCGUACCUGCCUACAGUUAGAUUCCUGCUGUCGCUAUUGUUACCAAACUGUUUAUUUUUUAGAUUUUGUUUUUUGCUUGUUUUUGUUUCUGUGAGUAAUAAACUUAAACACUGUUGUAA